UACUUCGCUUCUCGUAAAAUGUGGGAAUAUUGAACCCGCAGAGCUGCAGGGUAGUUGUACUGAGUUGUACCCAAUCACUGUCUGAUCCUGCAGACUGCUUCUGUAAUGCCGCGUAUGGUUUAUUGGAAAGUAUUUCUUGGCCUGGCGACUGACAAAUGGCUGACUUCGCCACCAUCCGAGAGGCUCGUCGGUGCUUGCCUGCACAAGAUUGGCAGCAUAGGUUGGGGCUGAGAGACAGCUGCUACGGCAGAGAAUACCCCCGGUCCCCACCUCUCACUCUCAAGGAGCUGGGCGGCAGCUGCGAUGAAGGUUACAAUCCAAACAGAUCUCCGCUCCAGUUUCAGGAGCCGCUCAGCAAGGAAUCAGGAGACGUUGAUCCGAUCUGGCCACGGUAUCGUGUGAGGGAGCUGAGGUCGCUGCCAGCCUGCUAUCCCGGCGAGGAGAACCUACCAUCACUGAACCCUGCACGGAGGCUGUAUUAUGCUCCAUUUGACACGGGAAGUUCACCUCUCCCAAAUGGAGCAGUUGACAUUGAGCCUUUUGACCAUAUGAUGACCAGAAGACAUUAUUCCUCGUCCCACCAUCCAGACGCCUGCCAGCUAGAACAUCCCCUCCACUCGCUGUCUGAGCGGGUGGGCUUGGGUGGCUUUGACGUGGACCUCAGGGUCUCCUUACUGGACAGCGGGAAGAAGAGGGCUCGACUGGUGGGCAGUCUCAAAGAGGCACACAGGCUUCUCGAGGAUCAGUCUGCCCAGCUGCGGAAACGUGAGGAUCAGCUGUUGGAAAGCAAGACCAAGAUUGAGAUGCUCUCUCUCAAGCAGAAACAAUUGGAAAAUUCCAUUUCCAAUCUGGAAGGAGAGAAAAACUUACUGGAAUUGUCACGCCUUGAAGAUCAGAAGAAAAGUGGAUCAUUGAAAGAUAAGAUCUUACAUCUGGAGGUUGAAAUGGCUAAAGCAAAAUCAGCACUGGAUCUAAUCAACCGUGACCAUGAGUCGAUGCCAUCAUCGCCCUCCCGUACGCUAUCCUUGGCGAAGCUGGAAGAUGCAUUUAAACAGGAGAAGGAGAGCUUGAUCCAGGAACUGCAGUCCACUCAGGAAAUGGUGCGAGUUUACCAGGAGCGAGUGAAGGUGCUUGAGGAGGAGCGUGAUAAAGCUGGAGAAGAUCUGAGGAACGUUCAUGAGGCUCAGCAUUCAGUGCUUUUGAAAACCAACGAAGCCAAUCAAAGACUGACUGAUUCCUUGCAAGCUCAGACAGAACUGCAUGAAGAACUCAACGAGAUGCGCGUCAAAUACAACAAAGCCAGUUUGGCAAGGGACCUCCUCGCUGCCAAAAUGGAGAGAUUGGAAGAGUCUGUCACUAAUUUGAAGACAAAAUUAGAAGAUGUGGUAGCGGACAAGGAUCGUUUUUUCCAGGAGAAGCUGGAAUUACACAAAUGUGUCCAACAUCUGACCCUGGAGUUAGAGCGAGCACUGAGAGGGCGAGAAGGUUUUGAUGACCAACUGGCUGAUCUCCAUGUGGAGCUGCUAAACACCAAAUCCCAGGCCAAUAGGCAAGACCAAGAGAAGGUCUUACUGAAAGAAAAAUUAUCAACCAUCACACAGGUGAAUGAGAGGCUCACUGCUGAGCUGGGCGAGUUGCGGCAGACGCUGGGGCUGCGUCAGGAGCAGCUCCAUCAUCUGGAAGCCGAGAGGAAGAUCCUGAACAAUCAGAUAGAGGCCCUGGAAAAUGAGCGGGCUCAGCUGGUCAGCGAGAAGGAGACACUGCUGACUGCUGUACAGGCAGACGUCAAAGCCCAUGAUGACGAGGUUAAGGCUCUAAAGGAGCACUGUGAAGAGCUCAGAGUUUCCGAGGCCCAGCUCAGAGAGCGCAGCAAGUGCCUGGAGACAGAGCUACAGCUGAAGGCUGAAGAGCUCGCCAUGGUAACCCUGGAGCAGGGUGAAGUUGCUCAGCAGUGGAAGGAGAAGUGGCAGGAAACUGCCUGUGCACUCAAAGCCAAGGAGAAGGAGCUCCAGCUGGCAGCUGUGAAACAACUGACCAAGAAGGAGAAGGCUGAGUUGCUGGGAGAUUGUGAAAUCUUUGCGGCAGAUUUGGAAGAGCUGAUUGAGUUAAGGACUGCGUUGGCCAGGGUGAAUGCGGAGAAGGCACAGCUCAAACGACAGCAGGAGGAGAGCGGACGCGUUAUUGACCUGCUCCAACUGCAGAAAGACAUCAGCAGCGACUCGAAACUGCGAGGUUCCUCCAAGUUCUCCAGGAGUUUAGAGAGUGUCCAAGCUGAGCUACAGAAAUAUCGCAACCAGAUUCAUGGACUUGAGAAGGAGAAGGGGGAGAUGGAAAUGGAAUUGAAGAAACUUAAGCUGCAGGGUGGCACUCUGGUCCGGGUGGAGCUUGACGCCUGCAGGCAGGAGCUGGAGCUGGAGCGGAGCAGGAGCCAGAAGCUACAACAUCAGCUCGACGAGUUGAAGAGGACCAGCCAACCCUUGGAGCAGUGCCAAGUGAAUCAGGCAACAGUGUCACACAAGAUGCAGAGCAGGCAGAGUGAACAGCCGGUGGAGGAUUGUUGUCAGCAGGAAACUAGGUCCAACAAUGAUAAGAAUCAAGAAGACUCACCCGAUCACCUCUCCUUAAAGCUUGAAGACAAUGAGGAGCCUGAUUGUCAGCUUCCCAACCAGGGGCCCCCUUUAAACAGUGGCGACGAGCUCCUGACACACGACCUGGUGAAGCAAAUAUCUUCCCUGCAGCAAGACCUCCGGGACUCCAAGACCACCCAGCGGCAGCAGAACGCGAUCAUACGAGGCCUGAGAGAGGAGUUGGAAGAGGCCAACUUAAACAAACCAGGGGAAAUAAAGGCCUCUCUGGAGGAAGUGGACAGCGAGCUCUUUCAGGUGCGGGAGGAGCUUCAGAAGGUUUGGGACAUGCUGCACAUGCGGAACAGCGAGCUGGAGGAGCAGCAUCAGGAGCUGGAGUCCGCGCGAGGACAGUUCACUGAAUGCAACUCGGAAAACCAGAGACUGGAAAACCUGGUCACCACGUUGAAGCAGCAAGUGACAGAGAAGGAGCACACACUUCGACAGCUUGAAAGGCUCAGACGAACGGAGAAGACUGAAUUCGAAAUAAAGUUUUCGGCAAUGGAAUUAAAGUUAGCAGAAGUGGAAGCCUUGGGUGAAGUUCAACAAGAGAGCCCAACGGAUGAACACAAGAGUUAUUCGCUUCAGAGUUGUCAUCGUUGUGACUCCCUUCUUGAGAAAAUGAAUGCCAAAGUGCAAGACUACUCCGAUAGAAAUUCUGAGCUGCGAGAAGGGAAGGAUACCGCUCUGAAAUCACUGAACGAGGCCCAAAUUCUUACACAGGGGCUUGAAGAGACCGUGAGCCUUGAACAGCGGUUCACCCAGACUCUUGAAGGAGAGAAUCGCGACUUCAGCCGACGCAGUCAGCUGAUGUCGGAACAGCUGGUUGCCUUGGCAAAAGAGCAAGAAGAUCUGAUAAAGGCUUACAACAACCUACCAGAUGACAGGAAAGGGGAGACUUCUCUUGAAUAUUGGACCCCCAGGUCACACCUUGUCCAGAAUGUGGGGGAGAUGUUGAAAUCCCAGGAGGAGCAGCAACGGAGUCUAGAGGAGCAGAACCAGAGGCUGAAGGACUAUGCUGCCUGUCAGAACUUUCAGAAGCUAGAGGAGGAAAUGCAACAGCUGCAGCACCAAUUGCACACUAAAAGACAAAAGAUGGCUGCCAUGGCUUGUGAAAUGGAAUUGCUGAAACACAGAAAUGAAGACCUGAUGAAAGCUCAAGUGAUGGGUGACCAGCCGAUGGAGAAGAGCCGACCUUCAUCUCUCGCUGCAUCUGGGACAGAAGCUGAACUGAGGGCUUCAGAUGGGCGAUUUGUCAGUCCGUGGGCAGCUCACUCUUUUCAGGAGUACAGGCCUUUUAACCGAAGGGGCAGAGAUCUCUCCCCAUUCCGAAGGGAAGAUAUGACCUCACCUUCCAAGGCCAGUGCACGAAAUGCAAAAGUUGGCCAGAGUUACUUUGAGGCCCUGUUUUCUGACCAAGGCUCUGAGAUUGCUCUGCUUCCAGAGGCAAGGCUGAGUGGGGUUCCACCAAUCGCACUGCAGCCCAAGGGAGCCAGCACACCAGACAGGCCUCUAUCACCCUUGCCCCUGAGCAGGACUCCAUCUCCUUCCAGGCCCAACUGCCCCAUCCCACCUCUGAGCGCGGGCAAGUCAUCUCCCGAUUGCUCCUCAGCUUCUGAGGUCCAGAAUGAGGACGAGAAGCCAUCUGGAAGAGCAAUGUCGUCUGCAGUUAAAUGUUCUCUUCUCUUAUCUCCUAGGCCCUUUAAUAUGCACAGGGUGAAUCUGAAUAAAAAAUAAUGUAGCUGUGUCCCUUAGGAAGGAAUCAAGAUCGUAAAAAGCUGCUAAAUUGAAGAACAAAAAUGAAUGAAGCUCUCAAUCUUUAAGGAGCAUUGUCUUCUUGAUAAUCUUUGACAAGCUUAUUAAUUUUACGAGGCUGUUGCUUGCUUGUCACUAUAAUAUGUGGUUCAACACGGCAAAUAAUAUUGCACUGCAGGUUUGUUUACGAUCCAAGAUAGAUUUCCCUUUUCUGCCACUGUGUUUAUUCCUUUGCACUGUUGAAUGAUUCCAUAUCCAGUGCUGAGGCAGGGUUUCGAUACAGAACGUGCCUCCAUAGAUGCUACCCGGCCCACUCAAUUCCUCCAGCAGUUUGGUCUUUUUUUUUGCUCCAUUUGCAUAAGAGGUUAGGAAUCUGGAAUUCUUUCAUGACUGACAAAGCUGGUUUUAAAUCAGCAACUGAUAGGUUUUGGUUAACCAAAGACAUUAAAGAAAUUGGGGUGAAGGUGGGUGUAUGGAUGGUAUAAUGGAUUGGACAUUCUAUUCAGGCACAGGUGAGACAUUGGAGCUGCCUACAAUUUGACUAGAGCUAUGGACUUGGUGAGUCCUAAUUUGGAGUACUGUGUGCAAUUCUGAUCACCACUCUCCCAGAAAUGUGUCAAUAAGAGUGAAAGAGUAUAGAGAAAAUUUACAAGGAUGUUGCCGGGACGAGAGACCCUGGGUUAUAGUGAAAGGUUGAAUAGCUUAGGACUUUAUUCACUGGAGCGAAGGAGAUAAAUGUAAGCCGGCUUUUUCUACUGAGCUUGGGUGAGACUAGAACUAGAGGUCAUAGGUUAAGGGGAAUGUGAGGGGGAUCUUCUUUACUCAGAGAGUGACGAGAGUGUGUAAUGAGCUGAUGCCAGGUUUGAUUUCAGCAAUUAUGAGAAGUUUGUUUAAGUACAUGGAUAGGAUGGGUAUGAAGGGGAGAAAAGAAUCAGCCACGAUUGAAUGGCGGAGCAGACUCGAUGGGCCAAAUGGCCUAAUUCUGCUCCUGUGUCUUAUGGUUCAAGUGCAGGUCAAUGAGACUCGUUCAGCACAGACUUGAUAGGCCGAUGGGCCUGGUUCUGUCCUGUUUUGCCCUAUGGCUGUGGUUCAAUGGAUGAGGGUGGGGAUCUUCUUUAUGCUUACUUCCGAGAAAUCGCGACUGCACCAGGAGGUUGUUCCCAAUGUCAUCCACAGGUUUCUUGAACAGCAACUGAAUAAGUGCAGUGCUAUUGGGUACAGCUCCUCUCUGUAAAAUGCAAUCCAAAAUGUUGGAUUAUCGUAUCAAUGGACCUUUGAAAAAAAUUUGGACAAUAUUUUAUGAAAAUAGUUGCCAUAGAUUCAAAUGAGAUCUACUAGAUCUCCUGAGAUGGUUCUUAAAUAACAAUUAUUUCAUUCUUCUAAAAAAGCAAAAUGUAUAUUUCAUCUUUCACCAUGACCCCACCCUGAAUUGGUGACUGUGGCUCGGUGUGGACAUUCCCGAUGCUCGGGCAGGAUCCUACAGUUGUGAGGGGUGGGGAGGGAGGAAUAAUACCCUUGCUGAAGGAGAGCUGCAUCACUGGAGGUGCUGUCUUCAGAGUGAAACAUUAAGCUCCCUCCUGAAUGGAAGAAACCCACAUCAUAAUUUAACGGUAGAGUAGAGGAGAUCUUCUCAACGUGCUGGCCAGUAUUUAUCAAUUAUCAUCGCAGAAACAGAUUGCCUGGUACCUUUCUCACAUCUUUUGUUUGCAAGACUCCUAUGCACUGGCUGCUGGGUUGCUGACAAUGUAGCAGCGUCUACUAUUUAUAAUUCAUUGGCUGUAAAAUGCACUGGGACCUUCUGAGCUCAUGCUUUGGCUUUCUUUUAGCUCAGUCCUUAAUCUGUAUAGAACAAAUCUUCAUGAGAAAAUGCAGAAUGUAGCACUUCAUGAGAGAUAAAGUGACUAAGCCUGGCUGGAUCAACUUUGAUGGAAAAAAUGGGAAGAAUACAGAAUCGAUAUCUGGUUGUUUGUCUUCAAGGUUCUACCAUUCAUUUAGACCAGGGGUUCCCAACCUUUUUUAUGCCGUGAAUGAAUUUCAACUCCACCAGAAGGUUAUUCCCAGGGCCAUGUACAUGUUUCUUGAACAGACCCUAGGUUGGGAACCAUUGAUCUAGACAGAGGGGCAUAUUACGCUGUCCAGUUAACCAUCCUACCCACACAUUUUUGGAGUGUGGGAGGAAACUGUGGCACCCAGAGGAAGCCACUCGUCAGUGGGAAAACGUGCAAAAUUUCACACACAGAGCACCAGGCUUCAGGAUUGAACCCAGGUCACGGGAGCUCUGAAGUCUUAUCCCUCCCAACUGCACAGCAGUGCCACCCUCGUAUUCAAAGUUAGACCAUGCUAUAAUGCUUCUCCUUGUCCCAUUUUUGAACAUCCAGAUUCCACAGAAGAUGGUAGGAUUAAAAACAACAUGUUGAGAUAACUUUGUUUCCAAUGUAAAAUGAUAGGAACAUUAUUUAAUUAAUGACAUCUUGAAAGUGAGAAUUCUUGGCCUAGAUUUAUUAAGCUCCCUAGAAGAAUUGUUAAGAUUUCUGAAAAUUCGGCAUUUUCUAUGAAAAAUUAGUUCUACAUAUUUAUGCAGCGUCAAAGUUAAUGACGGUCCCCAGUCAGAGCACUGGCAAUGUUGUUAUGGCGGUCACGAUAUGUGGAAUAUGUUUGUUUCCUUACCUUGCUGAUCCUGUGAAGCCUUGUAUUUAGCAUGUUUUUUGAUUUGUGACAUGUUGUUCAUUACAACCAGAGCUGCACCUAUACUGUUGUAUCAUGUGGUCUUUUGU